CUUCUGUUCUGUGGAGAUCCCGAAAAAGGCCCUCUUUUUAAACGUCCAAUCCGCAAACCAGAGCUUUUUACUCAAACCCAAUGCUUUUCAAUGAUAAGGUAAGGGGCCCACGAGCUAUGGUCAAACGAUUUUUUUUUUAUUUACAUUUGCUUUUUUUGAAAAAGUUCGCCGAAUUGCGUAGGCUGGAAGCCUUUUGGGACCAAUUUCACUUUUGCAUAUCUUACCAUUAAGAGAUACAAAUAUGUAUGGUCUUUCUGAGAUUUGGUUCUGUUCACCGCUAAGCACAACAAAGGUAACGCAUUAUUUGAAUUCUUGAGAACCCAUUGCUCAGAAUUUCACUUAAUUAAUGGAAGUAGAAGUAAAGAUUGAUGAUGGCGGUGGUGUGUUGAGGAGGGAAGAAAGGAGGCCAGCUCCAUUAGAACUGAGGCCCCGGCCAUACAAGCGGGGACAUGGCCUCGACCUUACGACCAUAUGUUCUACUGAAAGCCAACUGUGGGCAGGGGGUGAUUGUGGAGUGCGAGUGUGGAACAUAGGGGAUGCUUAUUCUUAUUCUUGCUCUACAGCUGGAGAGCCAGACACAGCAUUUUUUCGUGAAUCUGUGCAUACUUCUCCCACACUCUGUUUAUUUCCUGAUGCUGCUAAUAACAUCGUUUGGAGUGGCCACAUGGAUGGAAAGAUCAGAGGGUGGGCAAUGGGUACCGCGUCGUUUGUGAACGAGCUGUUUGAACCGAUUCUUUCUUGGCAAGCACAUCAGGCUCCAGUCCUGUCUAUGGCCGUCACUGCAUAUGGUGAGCUAUGGACAGGUUCUGAGCAUGGUUCACUAAAAGCUUGGCCAUGGGAGGCUACUAAGAGAGCUCUUUCUCUUGCUCCAACAGAGAGGCACAUGGCAGUUUUGUCAAUGGAAAGGUCUUACAUUGACCUUAGAAAUCAUAUUAUAACACUAGGUACAUGCAGUCUUACAGAUUCGGAUAUGAUAUUUCUGCUAUCAGAUCACUCAACAGGAAGAGUUUGGAGUGGUGGAUAUUUUUUCUUGUCACUUUGGGAUGCCCAAACAAGGGAUGUACUCAAAAUAUUUGGAACAAAUGCAGAGGCAGAAUUUUGUAGCAAACACAUUUCUGCAACAAGGAACUCUCCUUCCGAAGAUAAGAUUAAGAUAAAUUUUGCUAAAGUUUCUACUAAGGAAAAGACCCAGGGUGCCUUGAGUUUUUUCCGGCGCUCAAAAAAUGUUGUUUUGGAGGCUGCUGAUGCCGUUCGGCGUGCUGCAGUACGACGUCAAAAUGAAGAUGAUAUGAAAAGAACAAAAGCUAUAGCAGCAUCAACUAAUCAAAUGAUUUGGACUGGAUAUGCAAAUGGAUUGCUUGUGCAGUGGGAUUGCCAGGGUAAUCGUAUUCAGGAAUUCAUGCAUUCAUCUACUGCUAUUGAAUGUUUAUGUGCUUUAGGAACAAGAAUUUGGAUUGGAUAUGCGGAUGGGAGGGUACAGGUCAUGGAACAAGAUGGUAAUCUAUUGGGAGGAUGGGUUGCUCAUGGUUCUUCUGUGGUGGAGAUGGCUGUUGGAAGUGGCUAUGUUUUUAGUUUGGCUAGUCAUGGGGGUAUUCGUGGGUGGACAGUGACAUCACUAAGUCCCCUUGAUAGCAGAUUAAGAUUAGCUUUGAUGCAGAAAGGUUUGAGUUACACCAAAAAGGAAGAUAUAAAGAUAUUGGCUGGCACUUGGAAUGUGAAUCAAGAAAGACCCACUUAUGAUUCUCUCAUUUCUUGGCUUGCUUCUCCUGCAUCAGAGGCUAGCAUAGUGGUUAUUGGCCUACAAGAAAUGGAAAUGGGUCCAGGUUUUUUAGCCAUGGCAGCAGCCAAAGAAACAGUAGGGCUUGAGGGAAGUUCCAAUGGACAGUGGUGGUUGGAUAGCAUUGGCAAGAUCCUGGAUGAAGAUAUGUCGUUUCAACGGGCAGGUUCUCGACAAUUGGCUGGUUUGCUUGUUGCUGUAUGGGUUAGGAAACAUCUUUGGCCUUAUGUUGGAGAUGUGGAGGUUGGUGCUGUGGCUUGUGGUUUGGGACGCAAAAUUGGCAAUAAAGGAGCUGUGGCUUUGAAGAUGAAUGUCUUCCGCCGGACGUUGUGUUUUAUAAACUGCCAUUUUGCAGCUCAUCUGGAUGCAGUUGGACGUCGCAAUGCAGAUUUUGAGCAUGUCUAUGAGAACAUGACAUUUGGCCGAAUAUCAUGUGGAGUUAGCUCUGUUGCCUCGGAAGUUUUGUCUUCUGUUCAAAAGUUCAAGGGUAUAAAUGCAUGGCGAAUUCCAGACCCAGAACUUGUCCAAACUGAGAAAGACUCAUCAUCUUUACUGGAGGAGGAGAUGCCAGAAUUGGCUGAAAUAGACAUGGUUAUUUGGCUAGGUGACUUCAAUUAUAGACUCGAUGAUAUUUCAUAUGAUGAAGCAAUAAAUUAUAUAGCCAAUAAGCAAUUUGACGCUCUUCUAGUGAAGGAUCAAUUGAGACGAGAGAUGAAAGCUGGACGUGUAUUUCAAGGUAUGCGAGAAGGCGAUAUCAAGUUCCCUCCAACUUAUAAAUUUGACAGGGGCCAAGCUGGAUGGCAAGGAUACACUAGUGAGAAGAGAAGAGUUCCUGCUUGGUGUGACAGAAUUUUAUUCCGUGACAGUUCUAAUGACAAGUCAGCUGAGUGCAACUUGGUGUGCCCCAUUGUCUCUGAUGUUGCAUGGUAUGACUCAUGCAUGGAUGUCACCAGUAGUGAUCAUAAGCCUGUAAGAAGCAUGUUCAAGGUUAAUGUUGCAUGCAUAGAUGAAAAAAUUCGCAGAAGAGAAUAUGGGGAUCUAAUUCACCUAAAUACGCGAAUUAAAGGUCUUCUAGAACAUUCAAAUGAUAUCCCAGAUGUUGUUGUCAGCACAAACAAUAUAGUUUUGCAAGAUUGUGAUUCAUCUGUUCUGAGGUUAACAAACACAUCCAGGUUGAAUACAGCGGUAUUUGACAUUAUCUGUGAAGGUGAGGAAACUGUCAGCAGUGGCCAAACCUAUGGUAUUCCUCUGAGAAAUGCUUCUGUGAGAGGUUGCUUUGGAUUUUCACGGUGGCUGCAGGUUUUUCCAGCUUCUGGAAUCAUUUGCCCUGGUGAGACCAUUGAAGUUUGCGUGGACCAUGAGGAUUUUCUUACACAGAAGGAAUAUGUAGAUGGACAUCCCCGAAACUCAUGGUGUGAAGAUGAAAGAGACAAGUUAGUGGUGCUCCUCAUCAAUGUUAGAGGAAAUGUUUCAUCAAAAACCAAACAACAUCGAAUUUGCAUUUGUCACUGUGUGUCAUCCAAGGUUCAGUCUCUAUCUAUAGGCGAGGAUGAGAAAAUUCGAACAAAUGUAUUACAAAGAUCAGAUUUUCAUCAAUCUGAAUUAAGCACGAAACUGAUUCCAGAUGAUUUCAUUAGUUGAAAAUGUAGUCAUAUAUGCUACAUCACUUUUAUCAACACCAUGUGCAUACCAUUCAGGAAGCUUUUUAGUGUAUCCUAUUAAUGUAACUAUUGAAAGCCUUCAACCACCAGUGUGCAGAAUGAAUAUACUUAUUUUUAUUGACCCCAUCCUACCAAUUUGUAGGAGUUCGGUUCGGAUCAUCAGCCUAAGAAUUUUCAACAGGUUUUAUGUAUUGAUAACAAUCAGUAGAGUGUGCAUUGGUCAUCUGUAUCUUAGUUGUUUACUCUAAUAUUCCAUUAUGGAUGAUAAAAAUCCAUGCAAGCAUGCAAGAAACUCCCGUGUAUGGUUGGAGAAAUUCUCUCCAUUAACAAAUUGAAGACAACGAGUAUACGUUGUUGAAAAUGGGUAAAGGUGGGUUUUUGAAAGGGGGCCCAAACCCUUUUAUAGAGGAAGAGUCUCCAAAAAGCGCAGCUGAAUCUGCAAAACGGAAGCAAGAGAUAAACAACAAUAAAGCAGAACUGCAAAAGCAAUUGGAGAAAAUUGUGUUAUUUUUUCUCAUAAAUGCAAAUAAUUUUUUUUUAUUAUUUAAUAUUUGGCAUUUUGGGUUUUCCCACAGUAAAACUCAAAACAUAUUGGAUAUUAAUCCAUGAGAAAGCAUAAGCCGUUGUCAUAUGGCUGGGCAGAUUGAAUCAGCCAGGAGAAGUGAUCAACUUCUAAUUUAUAAUAAAUUGCCCAAUUUCCUAUUUA